UGUUCAGGUACCCGAGCCUUGAUAGCGCAUGUUCCUAGUAUUAACUGCGCAUCAGGAUCGCGCGGAGGCCACAUGAUUCGUCUUGGCUACCAGUUCCUAUACUCGGACAAGACGCAGACACGGUACCAGCGAAGCGGGUUACAUGCAUACCCACUAUUCGUAGCCUAAAGGGUCCCAACCCUAAGCCGGACCAUGGGUCAGAACUAUGCAAAGCCCUGCAUCCCCGCCUUGUCUAGAGACGGAUGAGGGGCUCUGUGCUACGGCGAUGGCAGUCAACGAUGGAGCCCUCUUCAUUCGAUGGUCUGCAGGGUGCUGCGCCUACCCGUUAUACUUAGACAGAACCGACUUAAUCCAAUGGCUAUACCAGACUUCGUACAAGAUGAGUAUACGCCUAUAGUGCUUGCUCAAGCCUUCACGUGGAGGUUGCAACAAGCCCAACGGGGAAAUCGGUGCAGCGAUAAUCCUUCCUUGACACGUACAUGUCUAUUGAAUAUACACAGGAUGCACGUUGAGCCUCACUCGCAGCUGCUAACCCACUGGUUCCUGUCACCUUGGUCACCUGGCCGAGCCCAAUCAAACUGCUGCUUGACGAAUCUGCUCGAUGGAUGCCCGGAUUACGGCGACUAUGCUCAUUUGUGGUCAAAUCGCGCACUGCAAACUCACUGGGGGCGACGAUGCCGACUCGAUUUCUAUAAAGUCAGUGCACUGCCAUCGUCUUCAUCACCUGGCAAGCACGCUCCUCAGAAUCAUUUCCCAGGCCGAGGACUCCCUUUCCCAGCACGACCAGUACCCACAGCAUUCCUCCUUGCCCGUUGGAAAAUCCUACUUCGACAUUUGGGGCCCCAAGUCCCUAUCCUUCUCUUCCAAGCGUGGGAGACAACCCUUGCACGCCCAUCACCGCAUGGCGAACCCGGAUCCGAAUCAACCCCAACCCCGCGAUGGAGGUCACAGCCUCCGAGAUCCAGGCAACACUGGGCAUCAGCCCGAACCAAUCCAGCGGUUUCUCUCAAUCCCCUUCCGCGACACUGACCGCAUCCUCUAGCAACGCCCUCUGCCCAGCGAUGACACGUUGGCUAGAUGAGAAGAAAGAAGACGAGCAUUGGAAUGCCGCAGCCCGCUUUUAGGCGUGCACCUCAUCGCUCCUAACGCCGCGUUUAUUUUGAAUUCUGUCACUGUUGUCGGUUUGGCGUUUGGCAAGGCGUGGGCGGUAUCUGAUACCCCUUGAAGUUGACCUCCCACAUUUCCUUUAUUCCUAUCUAGUGCUAUCGCCCCCACCACACCCACGUACCAGCUUCUCACUUCCUCGUUUAUUGCCUUUGGUUUAUUCCCCUCGUUUCGGGUGCUUGCACAGGCACGUUCGGUGUCUCCGAGAGCCUUGUACCAGUACGGCUUCUUCUCGCGC